AUGUCGGGUCUUUACUUCCAGAAAUAUUGGGAUGUGGUUGGAGAUGAUAUAACAAAAGAGAUUCAAGGUGUCUUUGAAACAGGGUCACUCCCUGCGGAUUGGAAUUAUACCUAUCUCUGUUUCUUACCAAAAAUUCCAGACCCAGAGCUCAUGACUGACCUCAGACCGAUCAGUCUAUGCUCUGUCCUCUAUAAAACAGUGUCCAAGAUUCUGGUUCAUAGACUGGAACCCUUCCUCCAGGAGAUUGUUGCGGUCAAUCAAUCAGCGUUUGUGAGCGACAGACUGAUCUCCGAUAACAUUAUAAUUGCUCAUGAAGCGGUCCAUGCUCUUAAAGUUCAUCCAGCAGUGUCAGAUGAGUACAUGGCAGUGAAAACUGACAUGUCCAAAGUAUACGAUAGAGUGGAAUGGAGCUACUUGGAAUCUCUGUUGAGGGCUCUCGGGUUCCAUGAGAAGUUGGUUAGAUGGAUCAUGAUGUGUGUAUCGACAGUGACCUUCUCUGUGCUUAUAAACGAUCAACCCUUCGGUUUAAUCUUCCCGCAAAAAGGUAUUAGACAUGGCAAUCCUCUGUCCCCCUUUCUCUUUGUGUUCUGUACGGAAGGUCUUUCCCACCUCUUGGAUGUGGCAGAACGGAAUGGUUUACUUCAUGGCAUGCAGUUCUCCGUCUCAGGGCCCUCAAUACAUCAUUUAUUCUUCGCAGAUGAUAGCUUGUUCCUUGUCAAAGCACAUGCUGAGCAAUGUCAAAACCUAAACCGUAUUUUGCAAUUCUAUGGAGAAGCCACAUGCCAAACGAUCAAUUACCAAAAAUCUGCUAUCUCCUUUGGUGCUCUAGUGGAGGAAGGGGAGAAAGCUGCCAUAAAGGACAUUCUCAAGAUUUACAACGAAGAGGGCACCAACAAAUAUCUUGGCUUGCCUGAGUGUUUCUCGGGUUCCAAAGUGGAAAUGUUGUCAUAUUUGAAAGAGAGGACUCAAGGCAGGCUUGAUGGAUGGUACAUGCGGAAACUGUCACAAGGAGGUAAAGAGAUCCUCUUAAAGUCAACAGCCUCAGCGCUUCCGGUAUUUGCGAUGUCUUGUUUCAGACUUCCUAAGACGAUGCUCUCUCAACUCGCGAGUCUUAUGGCAAAUUUUUGGUGGGGUUCGGACAUGGGACAAAGAAAGAUUCAUUUGGUUGCUUGGGAGAUCACGUGUCUACCAAAACACCUUGGUGGAAUGGGGUUCAAGGAUCUGAAAAGUUUCAACCAAGCUCUCCUUGCCAAACAAGGAUGA